UUCUGCUCUCCAUGGAAACACAAUUGGUCAUUUGAUUACUGAUCACGUGGAGAGGCAAAGAAGGUCUGCUCCGGACUGGGAAGCAGCUGCGCCCUGGACGCAGAGGGGCUGGGACUCCGUGGCGCAGGCUGAAGGAGGGCGGGUGUCGCUGGCAGAGGCGGUGACGGGGGGUACACAGCCGCCACUGAAUAUCCCUGUGCAAGUUUCUUCGCUUUCCUGUGCAUCAGUGCUUACAUUGGACUGACAUGGGAGGGCCGAAGUGAUUCAUCCGCCGGUCUUCACAUCGACCGCGCCUGGUGUCCCCGGCGCUCCAGGUCUACAAUGGCAGCGGCCGCCAGCCCCGCGAGCCUUCUGCUGCUCGCGAUUCUUCCGCAUCUGCUAUUCGACUGGUCCGGGACGGGGCGGGCCGACGCUCACUCUCUCUGGUAUAACUUCACCAUCAUUCAUUUGCCCAGACAUGGACAACGGUGGUGUGAGGUCCAGAGCCAGGUGGAUCAGAAGAAUUUUCUCUCCUAUGACUGUGGCAGUGACAAGAUCUUAUCUAUGGGUCACCUAGAAGAGCAGCUGGAUGCCACAGAUGCCUGGGGAAAACAACUGGAAAUGCUGAGAGAUGUGGGGCAGAGGCUCAGACUGGAACUGGCUGACACUGAGAAGGAGGAUUUCCCACCCAGUGGACCCCUCACGCUGCAGGCCAGGAUGUCUUGUGAGUGUGAAGCCGAUGGAUGCAUCCGUGGGUCUUGGCAGUUCAGCUUCGAUGGACAGAAGUUCCUCCUCUUUGACUCAGACAACGGAAAGUGGACAGCGGUUCAGGAUGGAGCCAGGCGGCUGAAAGAGAAGUGGGAGAAGGACAGCGGACUGACCAUGUUCUUCAAGAUGGUCUCGAGAGACUGCAAGAGCUGGCUUAGGUACUUCCUGAUGCACAGGAAGAAGAGGCUGGAACCCACAGCACCACCCACCGUGGCCCCAGGCUUAGCUCAACCCAAAGCUAAAGCAACCACCCUCAGUCCCUGGAGCUACCUCAUCAUCCUCUGCUUCAUCCUCCCUGGCAUCUGA